AAGCGUCUGCUUUGCCAUUCCGACACAUCCUCGCAGAGGAGCAACAGAUCCACGGACCUGGGCAGAGUGGGCUCCACGCACCCGCUGCACACACUACCUCCCUCCCCCUCCCCUCUUCUUUCUUAUCUGUGGUGGACAUGCGCCCCCGGACUGAGGCUCCUUAUCCGUGAAGCCACGAGCGGAGAUGAGACGGACGGAGAGCGCAGCGUAGCGCUCCAGCUGCACCGCAGUCCCCGUAGCGGAGGAGCGUCCGAAUGCGCUUUGGGUGGCAUAUCCGGGGCUUGUGAGAGAGCCCCCCCACCGCCGAUGACAUGAGAACAAAACGCGCUUGACUCUCCAUCCAUCCUUCCAUCCAUCCAUCCUUCCAUCCAUUCCGAGCAGGUCCGGUCUGCGCCUUCAUUCAUGUUGCAAACGCCUGGUUUAUGACAAUGGAUUACUUGCUGUGGGUGUUCAGCCUGCUGGUCCCCGCGGUCGUGGCAGUGGAAGAAACCCUUAUGGACAGUCGGUGGGCUACCACAGAGCUGGCAUGGACCACGUUUCCAGAAAGCGGGUGGGAAGAGGUCAGUGGCUACGAUGACUCCAUGAGCCCGAUCAGAACCUACCAGGUGUGCAAUGUCCGAGAACCCAAUCAGAACAACUGGCUGAGGACUGACUUCAUUCCCCGUCGAGGUGUGCUCCGCGUCUACGUGGAGCUCAAGUUUUCGGUCCGUGACUGUGCGAGCAUCCCCAACAUCCCGGGCUCAUGCAAAGAGACCUUUAACCUGUUCUACUAUGAGUCAGACGGGGACACGGCCACAGACACAAGCCCCCUAUGGAGGGAGAACCCUUACGUCAAGGUGGAUACCAUCGCACCGGAUGAGAGUUUCUCACUGCUGGAGACGGGCAGGAUCAACACCAAAGUCCGCAGUUUUGGCCCCCUCUCCAAGGCGGGCUUCUACCUGGCCUUCCAGGACCUGGGAGCCUGCAUGUCUCUCAUCUCAGUUCGGGUCUUUUUCAAGAAGUGCUCCACCACCAUUGCCAAUUUUGCCGUCUUCCCUGAGACUGCCACUGGAGCGGAAGCCACUUCCUUGGUGAUUGCUCCGGGAGCCUGUGUGACCAAUGCAAUGGAGGUUUCCGUCCCUUUAAAGCUGUACUGCAAUGGGGAUGGAGAGUGGAUGGUGCCCGUGGGCUCGUGCACCUGCGUAACAGGCUUUGAACCCUCUGGAGAAAACACUCAAUGCCAGGCUUGCAUCCCUGGAACCUUCAAGUCCAAAUAUGGAGAGGGAUCCUGUGUCCCAUGCCCGGCUAACAGUCGCACCAGUGCACGGGGAGCCAGUAUUUGCCCCUGCCAGAAUGGCUUCUACCGCGCUGACAUUGACCCUCCAGACACAUCUUGCACCACCAUCCCCUCAGCACCACGCAACUUGAUAUCCAGCGUAAACGAGACCUCGCUCUCCCUGGAGUGGGAGGAGCCUGAUGAUACAGGCGGGCGGAGUGACCUCGUUUAUAACGUUGUGUGCAAGAAGUGCCUGCGAGACAGCAGCCCGUGCAUGCGCUGCGACGACAACGUGGAGAUCUCGCCGCGCAGGCUGGGCCUCAGGCUAAGAAAGGUGGUGGUGCGGAAGCUGCAGGCCCACACCCGCUACAGCUUCGAGGUGCAGGCCGUCAACGGGGUGUCUGGGAAAAGCCCCACCUCCCCUAGCUACUCCACGGUCAACAUCACCACCAACCAGGCUGCGCCAUCAGCAGUGCCCACUGUUCACCUGAUGCGGUCCACUGCAGACACGCUCAGCCUAUCCUGGCUGCCCCCAGAGAAACCCAACGGGGUCAUCCUUGACUACGAGGUUAAAUACCAGGAGAGGGGCCAGGCCAUGUCCCACACUGUGACAUCUCAGCACAGCUCUGCCAAGGUGGAGGGUUUGAGGGCAGCUACACCCUACGUGGUGCAGGUCAGGGCUCGCACUGUUGCUGGGUACGGACGCUACAGCAACCCCAUGGACUUCAGCACCAGCCUGCACAGAGACCCUCAGAAGUCCGUACAGGACCAGCUGCCCCUCAUCGUGGGCUCGGCGUCCGCCGGUCUGGUGGUCAUUGUUGCUCUGGUGGUUAUCGCCGUUGUCUGUCUGAAGAAGCAGCGCAGCGGGUCAGAGCUGGAGUACACGGAGAAGCUGCAGCAGUACAUUUCUCCAGGUGUAAAAGUUUACAUCGAUCCCUUCACUUAUGAAGAUCCCAACGAUGCUGUCCACGAAUUUGCCAAAGAGAUAGACAUCUCCUGCGUGAAAAUAGAAGAAGUCAUCGGUGCAGGUGAAUUUGGCGAGGUGUGUCGUGGACGGCUAAAGCAGCCCGGACGCAGGGAGAUGGUGGUGGCAAUUAAAACCUUAAAGGCGGGCUAUACCGAGCGCCAGAGGCGGGACUUCCUGGCAGAGGCCUCUAUAAUGGGUCAGUUUGAUCACCCCAACGUCAUCCGGCUGGAGGGCGUUCUGACCCGAAGUUGCCCGGUCCUCAUCAUUACUGAAUUUAUGGAGAACGGAGCGCUGGACUCCUUCCUCAGGCUGAACGACGGGCGCUUCACAAUGACGCAGCUGGUGGGGAUGCUGCGCGGCAUCGCCGCAGGGAUGAAGUACCUGUCGGACAUGAAUUACGUGCACAGAGACCUCGCCGCCCGAAAUAUCCUGGUGAACAGCAACUUGGUCUGCAAGGUCUCCGAUUUUGGCCUGUCGCGCUUCCUGGACGACACUUCCGCUGACCCCACUUACACAAGCUCCCUGGGAGGAAAAAUUCCCAUUCGGUGGACGGCACCCGAGGCCAUCGCCUUCAGGAAGUUUACCACCGCCAGUGAUGUGUGGAGUUACGGCAUCGUCAUGUGGGAGGUGGUUUCCUAUGGAGAAAGGCCUUACUGGGACAUGAGCAACCAGGAUGUCAUGACGGCAGUAGAGCAGGACUAUCGGUUGCCCCCGCCUAUGGACUGUCCCAUGGUGUUGCACCAACUGAUGCUGGAGUGCUGGAUGAAGGAGAGGAACCUGAGGCCCAAAUUCUCCCGCAUCGUUAGCACCUUGGACAAGCUGCUUCGUAACGCCGCCAGCCUUAAGGUGGUGACCAGCAGCUACUCAGGGGACCUGCUGCGGCUGGGGGGAACGCUGCCGGGAAACAACAGGAAGAGCCUGGACAACAGUCAGGAAAUCAUUCGCCAGCAGAUGAGCCAAACUCUCCCGAUCAGAGUGUGACUGCUGCAAAACCAGAAGCUACAAAAAGACUCUGACACAGAGAUGUAAAAUGUCAAAAAAAAAAAAAAAGGAUGAAGAAGAAGCAAGCCGCUUUGGAGAUUUCUUUCCCUCUGGAGACUGAAAACCUGUAUAAAGAGAACUUCCCAUUGCAGUGUGUGUCUUUCAUUACUUGACACUUGUGGAUUUGUGACUGUUGACAUGAAGCCAAACUUCUUUUUGCUUCCUCUCAGGUUGUGUUUGCAUGCCUGCAUGUGUUUUCUGCUGGUUGGGGGAAUCAGUCUUCUCCUUAGCCUCACAUCGAGGAACAGUGCCAAGAUGGAGCAAAACAUUUGCUCAAAGUGAACUCCCAAGACAGCUUCAAUCUACACUUUUUCUUUUCCUAACUUGACCAAAUAAUUUUUUGUCUACUUAUUUAGAGAGAAAAAAACAAAAAAAAACAUUCUUCUGCUUCCUUUUAAAUACUGUCUUCCACAUGUACCGGGAGAUGCAAGAAAUCUGUACAAAGCAUCCCAGUCUUAAUGCGGCCCCUCCCUUGGAUUGGUGAUUGGGAGGGAGGUAAACAACACUGUGCAGGACACGUAACGUGCAUGCCCAAAUGGAAACUGCUUCCCGAGAAAAGUACCAAUUCAUGUUCGCUGUUGCUUCGGUGGCAUUUUGAGCUUUUACAGACAGGUUUUCUUAAUCGAGCUCCAUUUAUAUACUCUUUGUUUUGAAUGCUAACUUAUCUGUUCAGAAAAAUGUUGUUUUCGGUGCGUUUAUACUUUCUUUCUUGUUUUGUUUUUUACCUGGGCUUAUAUUUUAUAUAAUAAUGCUUGUUUCCUUUGUGGUACCAGACAGACUUGAAUGAAAAAGCUGAGAAAGAUUUGGACUAAAAAUGUUUUUUUAGGGUCCUAUUGCAGUUUUGUGUUGACACAAUUACAAAAAAGUAGGAAUGUAAAGGGUCUGGGGGCAAAACUGAAUGGUAAUCUGCAAAUAAAAGUGUAAAACAAGUCACCUUUCCUGAAGAGCGUCAGCUGUUUCAGCCGUUUUUAUUCAAAACAGCUUCCUGUAAAUAAUAUAUUUGUAUGGGAACAUUGCGCUGCACAGUACAGCUUCCUGACCUGUCUAUGACACUUGUUAAAUGCUUGUUGGGUUUCUGUUGUUGCGGCACCAACUCAUAGAGAAAUGACAUUUAAACAAAUCUGGAAGUGUACACUAUGUGAAAGAAGAAAUGUGUCUGGUAGGGCAGCGAUUUUUCCUGUGCAAUUAAAGGUGUAUUAGAUUGUAAAAAAAAAAAAACAAGAAGGAAAAAAAAAGGAAGUUGAAAAAACUAGAACAAAGAUAAGCAUUUCUCUUUCAGUAUUUUUACGAUAAUCAUAUGCAAAUAAAUUAUUAAACAGA